AUGGAGUCAAAAAUAGCUAGCAGUGAUUCGUCGUCAUCAAUUAAAGCCACAUCGUCAACAAUGGCAACUAGUAUAACGGACAAUAAAGAUCACAGCGAUAAUAAUAUUUCACUUCCAUCAAACUUUCUAAAUAUUCCAACCACAAUAAUACUACCACAACUUCCUGAUCCGCAGCCAAAAUUCCAAGCUUCAAAAACAACCAAAACAUCAUCAACAUCAAAAAUUACCCGACAAAGAAAUACAUCAACAAACAUCAUCAAAACAAACAAAAACACCACAAAAAAAUCUGAUUGGUGGGAUCGCCAAGUUCGUGCAUACGAACUGACAGCGACAAAAGAGAACCUGAUCAACAAAGAUGGAUCAAUUUUUCCCGUUUCUGUGGAGAAUGUAUGUAAAUUUAUGCAAGUUAAAGCGUUGACGAAUAAUCCGAGUACUAUUGGUUGGUAUUUGAAAGGUAUCGUGAAAUAUCAAAUGGAAAAGCGAUUAGGAGACGGGGAAGCAAUUCAAAGUCAUCCAGAAGGAAUUGUUCAGAAAACACCAUCGUCGUCCUCAUCUGUUACUGCGGUUGCGGAUUCAUCUUCGUCAAAUUCAAAUCCAUCAACCGCUCAGUUUCCAAAUUAUACCAGCAAUAAAAUCGAUCCACCUCAACUUCAAUCACCCGAGAAUGCGUCUAAACCUAAGUUAUCAUAUCCGACAUACAUACCAACUGGUGCUCUUGCAACGAAUCACUCCCCUAUAGAAAUAAAUCUUCGGACUGUUUCAAAUAAUACAACAUUUCACGGUGAUUUCGAAUUGCUGUACGCAAAUCAGAAUCGUCAUCAAGCUGAAGGAUAUAAAAGAUUGGAUUUGACAAAUGAAAAGUAUCCGGCUCGUGCUGUGUUAAUACAUUUUGGAAUUUGGACCGUCCAAGAUGAAGUUGAUUUCUGUGACUGGGUCCGGAUAACAAAUUCAUGUAAUAGAGUAAUUCUUGGUCAGAAUAAAGGCGUAUGGUAUCGAUUAUCUGAAGAAGCGAGUAAUGCUGACAAAAAACCCAAAAACAAUGUAAAGAAACACGAUCUAAAGACUAAUCAUAUUGCUAAUAAAAUUCGUCGAAAAACAUUAGAUAUUCCUCCUUCGCAAGUUCCUAUUCACCGAACAGCUCCGAAAAAAAGAGAUCGUUCGUUGUCACUGAAUGAUAUCAAUCAACUUCAGAAUUUGCCACAUCGCUUUUACCAUAACAAUAAUAUUGAUGACAAUGAUGAUUCCUUCGGAUUAUUAAACACAAAUACCGAUACUGUACCUCUCCCUUCGCUCCCUCAACGUUAUCACUAUCAUCCAAGCGUACUAUGGCAAAACGCACAAUCACCGCUUUAUCAGCCUUGUGAAAUUGAUGUUAUUGGGGAAAAUAAUUACUAUGAACAAAUACAAACAGCGCAUCGAAACAUAAUGGAUAAUUUGGCGUUUAUAUCUGAAGAACCGGAUUCAUUAUUAUGGCACGAAGAACUUAUCGCACCAGAACAAUACAGCAAUAAUCUCGCUGUCGCCGCGAAUUCAUUCGUUAACAUUAACAACACCAACGCUACUAAAGACAAGAAUAACAAUCAACAGAACAUUAACAACACUAAAAUUCAAAAUGGUAGUAGAAGCAGCCAUCACCACCAUCUUGAACUUAUCGCUGGAAACUUGUUAGAUGGAACAUAUGGAGGACGCAUUGAUUAUUUACAGAAUGAUAACGAUAAAAAUAGCAUUGUGAUACCAUUGACACUGAAUGAUGAGUUAUUGCAGAUGUGGGGAAAGUUUUGA